GAGUGUCCGCCAGGGGGCGCUGUAGGAGCGCGGCGCUCCCGCGACAUUUGGCAGCGUUCCGCCUCGCGAGAGCCGGGCGGCGGAAGGGGCGGCGCUGUGCGGCCUGUGCUCCGUGUCCGCCCCGCCGCCGGCCCGGAGCUCCCGGCCCGGAUCCCGCAGCUCUCAGCCCACAUCCCGCAGCUCCAUAUCCCGCAGCCCCUCAGGCGCGGGCGGAGGCGGUGAGCGGGUGCAGCCCCCGCCCGGCGCUGUCCCCCAUGGUGGGUUUCGGCGCUAACCGCCGUGGCGGCCGCCUGCCGUCGUUGCUGCUGGCCGCGCUGCUGCUCGUCAUCGCCGUCCUCGCCUUCAACUGCUGGAACGCGGCGUCCCGCCAGGCCGUGCUCAGGGAGGAGCUGGCCGAGCUGCAGAGCCAGGCCAAGCGCACCGAGGUGGCCCGGGGGCGGCUGGAGAAACGCAACAACGACCUGCUGGGCCGCGUGGAUUCGCACCGCAAACAGCUGGAGCAGAAGGAGGCGGAUUACAGCCAGCUGAGCAGCCAGCUGCACGCCAGGGACGGGCAGGUGAAGCGCUGCGAGGACAGCAGGGUGAAGCUGCAGAACAACAUCUCGUACCAGAUGGCAGACAUACAUCGUCUGAAGGAACAACUGGCGGAAUUACGCCAGGAGUUCAUCCGCCAGGAAGAUCAGCUUCAUGAGUACAAGAAGAACAACACGUACCUUACGAGGAGGCUGGAGUACGACAGUCUGCAGUGUGGGCAGCAGAUCAAGGAAAUGAGAAUGCAACAUGAAGAAAACAUAAAGAAAUUAAUGGACCAGAUUGUUCGGGAACAAAAGGCAACACAGAGAAUUCAGUCCAGUAAAGAUGCUGAAGUAAACCCCAAUGGUGUUGACCAGGCAAUAUCUAAGACUGUUCCAGAGAUGGAAGUUAAAAAUGCAGAAAAUAAUGAGCUGCCUUCAGAUCAUGCUGUAGAUGGCAAAGAGAAAGUCAAACCAGGAGGAGAUGCAGGCAUGCCUGAAAUAGAAGACAAUGACCCUGAUAAGGCUGAAGAUACUCCCACUGCUAUAAAGAAGCCACGUAUUUCAGCUCCCAGAAGCGAUAAUAACCAGCCUGUUGUAAACCUUCCAUCUGAACAGCCCCACGCUCCAAAUGUGGAACCAGGUUUGCACAGUGACAAUGAAGGAAAUGCUGAUGUUGUGAAAGAAAUACCCCCAAAUUCUGUUCAGCGCUUAAAUUUUGGUGAGAAUAUGGAAAGUCAGAAUGAAAACAAACUUGAAGCAGAACACAUAAAACUUCAAAAAAGCAGAGAUGACAACUUGCAAAAGAUGAAGCAAAGCCGAUUCUUUGAUGAGAAUGAAUCCCCUGUUGAUCCGCAGCAGGGUUCUAAACUGGCAGAUUAUAAUGGGGAUGAUGGUAACGUGGGUGAGUACGAGGCAGACAAACAGGCUGAGCUGGCUUACAAUGAGGAAGAGGAUGGUGAUGGUGGAGAAGAAGACGUCCAAGAUGAUGAAGAAAGAGAUCUACAGAAUGACCUCGUUGAUUACAGCAAGCCGCGCUUUGGUGACGGUGUCCUUUAAGGCUUGAAUUAAAUGGGAAAUGUAGAUGGAGCUCAACUGAAGAACUUGAAGUGCUGCAAAACUGAACCAUUUUUACUUCACCGUUUCAUACUUCAAAACAAACUGAUGAUUACAAACACGUAUCCUCGACGGUAGGGAAGUGACAGGAGGGGCCAGUUCUGUACAUAUGUACAUAGUUGUACUAUUGCAAAUUGUAUGAAAACGACACUUUUGUUGUUACGUUGAGCCAAGUACUUAGACUGUACCUUAUCUGUAAGAAUCUUUGCAUUAAAACCAAUAUUAUAAAUAGGGGCUGAAUUGGUUCUGCAAAUUAGGAAACUUUGUAAACUGGAGAACUUGUACAGUUUGUAUCUCAUGUAACAAAAGCUCUGUGGAAACAAUGUACAGCCACAGGACUCCUUUUCUACAGGAAUACCCGUGUGAGCAGAAAUACUCCGCUUUCUUCACCAGAGCUGUUUGCUGUUCCUUGCAGGUGAGCUGUCCUUUGAGAAUGAAACCUGGAUGUUAAUAAAUGCUCCUUCUUCUAUGUAGGUGAGGAAAGCUAUGACAGGGGAGUAGACCUUAGAAGCGAGCACCAUUUUGCUGCUCAUGAGCAGAGCUCAGAGCUGGAGAUCAGUGGCAGCAGAGUUUCAGUAAUUCGAUACUUGCUGAAAAAGUUGUGUAACUAACAGCUUAUCUUAAAAGGUAACAUAAAUAAUUCAGCACCGCUUGUAGGGAAUCGUUGUGUUAAAGAAGAGCGAGUUUCAUUGUGGGGAUGGGGAGGGGAAGAAGGCUGCAUCAGCUCUGCAGGAACCUGCGUGGAAGGAACAGCCCCUGCACUCCUCAAUACCGUGUAUGCGGAGUUUUACUGUUCCAAGAGACUCCAUCCCGUGUCGCAGUCACUCCAGUUAAUUUACAGCGUAAUCCUUUGUACAGAUCUCUCCAAACAUCCUCCACUUCCACCUUUUGCUUUUCCACCUGGGACCAGUCUGUAAGUCAGACACUUUUUGUAUGACGCAUUCAGCACCUUCUGAAUUCUACAGAAACGAUUCAGUUGAUUUGCAGUAGUGGAAGAUGAGGUUACGAACCCACCCUGCUUCUCCAAAAGGGCUACUGUGAAAUGACAGGACCUUAGAUGUGAGUGAUUGAACUCUCUGUACUCGGCUUCCAAUCUGAAAUAAGUCUUGUUUGAUGCCCAUUCAAUGGACCUUUCACAUUUCAAAAGCUGCGUGAUUUUUUUGGCUACGUUAUUUUUGCUACAGCCAUAAUCUGCUCACGAGUCUUAAAUGUACAAGAAAUAAAAAAUCAAACUGUGGUGAUGCAUUCCAGCCGCUUGGUUUUUCUCUUUUGUGGCGGUGGUGUUUAAGGCUCGAGCUCUUCCUUUCAUACAUCUGAGAGGCAGAUGGGGGGGAACAGCCCUUGGCAAAACACUGAGCCUGCUCUGAAUUAGCUCCUAUACAGUAAGAACAAACCUGUGCUGGGAUUCUAAGAAUGGCGGCCAUCAGUAAAUAACAUAUUUCAGCACUGCAAUUUUUUUGGUCUUAAAAUGUAAUUUCAGCCUGAAUUAGGUGUUAACUUGAUUCUUCUAAUGAAAGCAACAUAUAUGGGUUCUAAUAAAUUAAGUUGUUUAAAGUU